AAGGAACCAUACAUAAAUCCUCUCUUUUUUUUUCCUUGUAUUCUGCCUCCAAAAUUUUUCAAACAAGGAAAUACAGGAAUUCCCUUGCUGAAGAUAGCUCUAUAAGACUAUUAUCUAUAUCAUAUCUGAGUAAUUUUGAAACUCUUCAAUCUCAUUGUGUCACCCUCAGUCUCAAGUCACAAUGGCAACAUUUAUCCGAAGAAUAGCAAUCAGCUAUAUUCUCGUGACAUUGUUUUUCUCUUCAGAUAUUGGAUUUUUUGGACGUGUUGCAUCAUUUGGAAUCAACUAUGGCCAAGUAGCUAACAAUUUGCCCCCUCCAGACAAAGUCCUUGAACUCUUCAGCAACUUAAAGGUCACAAAAACAAGAAUUUAUGACACCAACCCUCAGAUUUUGACAGCUUUUGCUAAAUCAAACGUUGAGGUCAUUGUUACGGUUGAAAACAACAUGCUAAGCCAGUUAAAUGAUCCACAACAAGCCCUUCAAUGGGUGAGUGGCCAUAUCAAACCAUACCUCCCAGACACAAAGAUCACAGGAAUUCAAGUAGGGAAUGAGUUAUACACAAAUGGUGACAAAACUCUAAUUCAGUAUCUUGUUCCAGCAGUGGUGAACAUCCACAAUGCUCUAGUUCAGCUAGGCCUAGACUCCAACAUCCACGUUUCGACGCCGAGUUCCUUAGAAGUGCUUCAGGAAUCAUACCCUCCUUCAGCUGGUAGUUUCAAGAGUGAGAUCUCAGGGAUCAUGUCCCAGUUUUUGAACUUCUUGGCCACCACUAAGGCACCCUUUUGGAUCAAUGCAUACCCUUACUUUGCAUACAAGGAUGACCCUAAUAGGAUUCCAUUGGACUAUGUUUUAUUCAAUCCUAAUGAAGGAAUGGUUGACCCUUACACCAACCUACACUAUGAUAACAUGCUCUAUGCUCAGGUGGAUGCAGUCUCAUUUGCCAUUGCUAAAUUGGGUUUUAGUGGGAUUGAGGUUAGGGUAUCUGAGACUGGUUGGCCAUCCCAAGGAGACCCUAAUGAGAUUGGUGCGUCAGUGCAGAAUGCUCAAACUUAUAACAGGAAUUUGCUGAGAAGGCAAAUGGCUAAUGAAGGGACACCUUUUAGUCCUAGAAUGAGGUUGGAAGCAUACAUUUUUGCAUUGUUCAAUGAGGACAUGAAGAGUGGAGCAACCUCGGAAAGGAACUAUGGUCUCUUUCAACCUGAUGAAACUAUGGCUUACAAUGUAGGGUUGGCUGCUUUUGCAGACUCAUCCACUUCAUCCACUUCAAUUUCUCUUACCUCCUCUGCCACUAAAAUAAAGCAGGCAGCAUCAAAUGGAUUUCAAAGCUUGUUCUUCUUCUGGAUGUUUGUGUGUUUGCUGACUUCAGCCCUUUGUGGCUUUGUUUGAGAAGAAUAUUAUUAUAUUCUUGUGGAGUGAAUCAUGUGUAUAUGUAUCAAAAUAACGAAAAUUUGGGAUAAUACAUCCUUCAAGUUGCAAAAUGGAGUAUCUCUAGUAUGAUCUAUAUUAAAGGUACCUAUUUUGCAGAAAUCAGGACCAACACACACACUUUCUAAAUGAUGAGGGCAACAAACAAAAUCUACAAUACGGCGAAGAGGCAAGGCAAUUCAAUUCAAUUCAAUUCAUUUGGAAGAUCAACUUUCACAGAGUGGCUACACUUUCAUUCACUUACCCCGCCAUUAGUCACAUUCCAGCAUCAACCAUGUGGCAAUGACGUUAGAUUGAGCUUAUUUUAGGAAGAUAAGAUCCAAAAAGCCACUUCAUUCAUUUAUUAGCUGAAUUGUCAAAUAGGAAAUAUGUUUGUAUAUUGCUGAUUUUUGUAGAAUUGAUUUCAUUCAUCAGAAGAAGAGAAAAAUAUAUGUUUCUGAUUGAGGAAAAGGUUUUAAGGCUAGGCUUGUCUUCCUUAUGCCUCACCUUAUUGGAUGCUAAGAAAAGCCCCUUAUUAUGGGACGUGGAAUCCACAACUGUUCUCUUUGUAUAUAAAUAAUUAUAAAAGUACAUUCUGGUAUUAGUAAUACCA